UUUUUAUCAUUGAAACGUCAGGCGGAUCUGAAAAAGACCGACCUAUGACUGGGCGAGCUCACGCGAUCCGCGCGACCCGCGCUCCAGCGUUCGGCAGUCAUAACGCGCACGCUGUGCAAGCCGGUGACACGUCUGUUCUUUGGGUCCCGGAGCAAGAAUGGCAGUGCGCCUUGUGCUGGCUGGCCUAGGCCUCGCCCUGGUUGGGGCCAUGGAGUUCCCGGAGGACCGGUACCGGGUCAACGACGGGCUGCGGGCCCCUUACGACGUCGACCGCCAGCGGGCCCUCGAGCCCCUUGCAGCAUUCAACCGGGCACCUCCGCAGCACCUCGCACCACAAGCCCCUAACAGCUCCGCGUUCGAACACGCAUCGGCCAAGAACCAGGCUCCCGCCGUCUCAGUCAACAACGUAGCGGUAGGUACGGCGGCGAACCUUACGGCUGCGGCAGGCGCCCACGGGCUACAGAACUUGGCAGGAGCACCGAACAAGGCUUUUUUCGAACACGGCCCGGACAACGCAGUGUACCCCAUGGGACCUACCGGAGGCGACGAGGCCUCCAAGCAGCUCGUUGAACAAGACCUGGGCAGGCUACAGCGGAGGAAGUUCCGACUCAGGCACCGCAAGGGCCUCAAGGAACGUAAGGCACGUAAGUUCCAGAGGCUGCUCGAAGACGACUCGCCCCGAAUCCCCUCCCAUCUCGUCGGGCCCAAUGUACCUGGAGGACAACGCGGAUUUGAGGGUCCCACUGGCCUAGGUGAAGCCGCAAACUCAGGCAUGCCCAGGCCGUCCGGUGAAGCGGCGAGUCGCGCCGAAGUACUUGCGGGACUCAAGGUCGAGUAUGCGAGGGCAUACAUCGCCGCCGAAGAGCCUGACAACGACUCUGGUCCCAUGGAACUACUCUGCACGGUGGGCUUCAAGGAAUACGCCAGCAUCACGUGGACGGUGAACGGUCGCCCGCUGGAAAACUUCAUUGACAGGUCGUCCCUGACCACCAUAAAGAACGAAGUUCCGGUCAAGGUGUCGAAGAUCACCAUAAACCAACUCGAGCGACUGCCGUCGGACAACGGCAAGUUCAUCUUCGAGUGCACGGCACUGGUCGACGCCCAGGUGACAAAGGCAACGAUCGCACUCGGCUCAAUCAUCGAAGACACCUGCACAACCAACGGUCAGUGCGAGGCUCGUGGCGCUUCAUGCAGCGAGGGACGUUGUCUCUGCAAGGCGUCACAACCGGUCAGCCUAAAGUCGAAGCACCUGACGUGCCGCGCCGCAGCCAACCUAGGCUGGCCCUGCGACUACAGCGAACAGUGCACCUUCGUGCAGCCCAACUCGGUCUGCUCGGACAGUUUGGUUUGCAUCUGCUCUCUGGGCUUUGUCAGGUCCCUGGACGGCAAGAUCUGUGACAAGCUGACUCCGGGUAACCUGAUCGGCUCGGCGUGCAAGGAGAACGCCGACUGCCACAGCGCUGGGGCUUCCUGCGCCAACAGCGUUUGCAAGUGCACCAACAAUACGGUAGAGCGGGGAGGGUUGUGUCUUCCUCUGGCACAUCUUAAGCUUGGGUUGGAAACUCUACGCGGGACAAACUUCCUCGGGGCAGAGGACAGCAUCAAGUCUAUACACAACGAUACAAGGUUCACCGUAGCAGCGGCCAUGAUUAACGACGCCAGCGACAAGACGACCGCCAGCACUGCGCUAUCGCCUCCGCCGCAAAGCGGCGCAGGUGAUUCGACGCCCACAUCUUACCUGGCUCUUUUGUCUAGCACAUUGACCAUGAUCAUACUUGCCCGCGGACCGUAGGGACCUCCGACAGUUGUAGCCCAUGCGUGUUGAGCAAUAAAGGCUUUAUCGCCU